AUGCUUACCCAAGAGCAGCUAGUACAAUUUGAUAAAGAUGGCUGUAUUGCCAUUGAAGGCUAUCUUAGUCCUGAAACUGUGAAAGAGCUGAAUGACGAGAUUCAGAAACUACUGGGCGAGAUCGAUCUCAAAACACACCCCCUCACUAAGUUCACCACUGAUGAGGACGAGGAGCAUGUUGGCGACGACUACUUUAUCAACUCGUCAGACAAAAUAUGCUUCUUUUUUGAGGUGGAUGCUUUUGCAAAUGGUGAGCUGGUCAAGCCAUUGCCAAAGGCCGUCAACAAGAUAGGUCAUGGGUUGCACAUGAAAAACGAAGCUUUCAGGAAGAUCACCAUCACUGACGAUAUUGCUGCAAUCUGUAAGCAGCUCGGUUUCAGAGAUCCGCGCGCGCUCCAAAGCAUGGUAAUCAUCAAACAGCCGGAAAUUGGUGGAAAGGUGCCUAAUCAUCAGGACGGAGAGUUUCUGUACACGGAACCUCAAUCGUGUAUCGGAUUCUGGUUUGCCUUGGAGCCUUGUACGCUGCAAAACGGAUGCCUUAGUUUUGUGCCUGGUUCGCAUAAAACUGCCGAGAUUAAACGUCGUUUUGUGAAAGAUCUGGAAAAUGGUGGCACAAAAUUCGUCGAUCCCAAAACACUCAAGGAGACGAAAGCUACAAACGACCCGGAUGACUCGAAGUUUGUUUGUGUGGAAAUCCCAGCGGGUAGUUUGGUGCUGAUUCACAAUAGGGUCAUCCACAAGUCUGAAAAAAACCUGUCGAGAAUGUCCAGAAACGCAUACACGUUCCACGUGAUCGAGGGAGAGGCACAAUACGACGAGCUCAAUUGGCUACAGGUCCCUCCUACUGCUCCUGCAGGCACUGCUGAAUUUUCGAGAAUCUACGUGAAUUGA